AUGAACCCAAAAUUAUUUUUAUUACUUAUUCUAUUGAUCGCGAUCUCAACCAUCGAGGCCGUCCCAAAUCGACUCGUCAAAAGAACCACUAAUUUCAGAAAAUGGGAUGAUAGAUUAAAGCCUCUCACUGUAGUAACCCAACCACACGACUUAGUGGCCAAUCAGCAAGCUUAUUUUAACAUUUCCGGAAAUCUUGAUGAACUUACCGACAAAUCUAAAUUGUUUAUUGAGAUAACUUACUCUGAUUAUACAUGGGACUACGGAUUUAGCGGCGGGAUUUGCAAUUUUGUCAAAGGUCCAUAUCCCCCAAACACUGAUUUUCUUAUACAAACAGGAGCUUUGCUAAAAGAUCUUCCCACAGGCUAUAUUUGUAUAGUUGCACCUUUUACAGAUUACGAUCAGAAUCAUGAUCGUCCUUCAGCCCGUGCAUUGGUCACACAAAAUUAA